AUGGAGAGACAUACUUCUAGUUCGGCCUUUGCGCUGUUCUUGCUUGCAACGAGUGCAGUGCGAUGCGUUUUGGCGGCACCGGCAGACACUGGUUCUGCCACCGCUGGAGAUACAGCUGCGGAGCUGUUAUCUUGUGGGGAGGCGUAUUACUAUGCAUCGAAGUAUACGUGCUACGAUGGCGACUUCCUGUGUCCGAUCCUCAACGGUGAGCCCACGCUGCGAUGUGGACCAGACUGCUAUCUUCCUGAGAAUUACUCUUGCAGCAAUGGGAAGUUGGUCUAUCCGCCAACCGGUGGCUCAGGACCUGGAACAAACCCAGGCUCGGGAGGAGACGAUCAUGAUGCUUGCACGAAGCCACCUACAACUCAGCAGCUGAGUGAUCCGCCACUUCUAGUUGCAUGGCCUGCGGGCAACUCUGGUGCUGUGGCCUUCUUCCGUCCCGCCGAUGGAGGUGUCAAUGGAUCACUAUCUAUUGGGCUUUCUGGAGUCGAUAGUGCAGCAGGUUUUGAGUAUCUUCAGGGCGUUUACGAACAGCCUGCACAAGACUCAUUGUCUGGCUUACUAAUGGUCGGUGUGAGAGCAGUAUUCAACUUGAACACUUCCGCAACGCUUUCUGUGGCGAUUCUGGGCAGUAUCCGCAACAUUCGAGACUUCACAGAAGGACCCUCACUCUUGUAUCCGAUAAUUCAGGACGCGAUCGAGUACAAUCAGAUCGAAGACGGCGGUGUCGAGAUCUCCCGGCUCUGGCUCGACAACGUUACGACCACUUCCAUGUCUUUCACGCCACUUGCUGGAGUGGGAGAAAUUACCAUCAACAAUGGCACGCUGGAAAUGCCAGCAGGAAGCUACGAUUUCGUAGCAAAGUUCGAUUACCCUCAGCUUGAGCAGCUUGACGGCAGUGAAGUUCUGAACGAGCAGUCUCAGGGCUUGAUUGAGGAAGAGGGCGCCCGCGUCACUUCUUUGACCUUCUUGUCAUACUCCCAAAAGCUGCUAGCUGGCGCAUGGAGAUUCUUGACAUAUUUCGGCCGUGACAGCAUGAUUGCGACCCUGUUGAUGCAAGACAUACUAUCGGAAGGCGAAGGUGGUGCUAUCGAAGCUGUGAUUGGCGCUGUGCUGGAACGACUCAAUCGUACUUCUGGAGUUGUCUGCCACGAAGAGACGAUUGGCGACUAUGCCACAUAUCUCAACAUCCAGAGAAACGAAACUAGCACUGCGCCCGGCUGCACAUACCUAAUGGUGGAUACCGAUUACUUUUUGACGCCACUCAUGGAGAACUACUUUCUUAACACCGAGAUCGGUCGAGAGCGAACUCAAGGUUUCCUGGCCACCGAGUCAACACUAGACUUUGGAAAUGCUGGAUUGACGUAUGGCGAGCUUGCACUCAUCAAUGCUAGGGCUGUCAUGGAGAAGACUGCAGCAUUUGCUCAAGCAGGCGGUCAGACACAGGAGAACCUGAUCCACCUGGAAGAAGACGAAGUUGUAGGCCAAUGGCGAGACAGCACUUAUGGUAUCGGUGGAGGUCGCAUCCCAUACGAUGUCAACACUGCUCUCGUACCAGCCGCACUGAGAUCCAUCUCCGCUCUUUCAGCUGCAGGCUGGUUCCAAGAAUAUCCCGAAUGGGCUGAACUAGCAGCCCAGUACGCUCAAGUGUGGGAGGAUAACACUCUCCAAUUCUUCGAAGUCGUCGUUCCAGCAGAAGAAGCCCGACAAUUGGUGUGCUCCUACACCUCAGCAUCAGGCUACGGCUUCCCUUCGCAGUCCGACCUCAUCACCUCCGACGUCGUCUACCACGGCCUCGCUCUCGAAGGCAACAACAACCAACCCCUCGUCAAAGUCAUGAACACCGACGACUGUUUCCGCCACUUCCUCACCAACACCACAAAUCAAACCCAACUCACAUCCUUCCUCAACCAAUCCGCAACCAACAUCCGCACGCCCUUCCCCGUCGGCCUCCUAACACCCGUCUCCCUCGUCGUCGCAAACCCAGCCUACGGCGGUGACCCAGUCUACGCCGCAAAUUUCACGAAUAAUGCCUACCACGGCACAGUAAUCUGGUCCUGGCAACUCGCCAUGAUGGCUGCCGGGUUUCAACGACAAUUAGGUCGCUGUACGAAUGACGACAACGAAAAUACACCAGAUUUCUGUUCCAACGAAGCAGUCUACGCAAACGUCAAAGGAGCAUAUAAUGAUCUCUGGGAUAAUAUCGAAGCGAACGAACAAUAUCUAAAUUCGGAAGUUUGGAGUUGGAUCAUUCGCGAUGGAGAAUUUGUGUUUGAGCCUUUGGGGGCUUUGCCGCCUCCUGCUGGGCAGAAUCCUACUGAGAGUAAUAUUCGGCAAUUGUGGUCUUUGACCUUUAUUGCUGUGAAGAGAGAUGAAGCAUUGAGAUAA